GGCAGUCGUUUGACUACAUUUUAAGGUGCAACAGCCGUGAAUCUGAGACUGUCUGUAUUUACCAUGAACAGGCUACGGUUGCUCUCCGCCCUUGUGCUGGCAGUGACGUCGGCUGCGGCGCAAGGACCGAGACUUGGCAUCCUUGCCACUAAUCUCAACGUCCCCCCCGUGCCCGGAGGCUCCACGGGAACGGCCAACCAAGCACUACCACCCGGCUGUUUCUGCAUCCCGAUCAACCAAGUCUGCCCCUUCCGAACUGACGUUCGAAUUGCACUUAGACCGGUGGCGGAGCGGUGCCCAGAAAUGAAGGAAUGCUGCACUUCCGGGAGCGUGACUUUGCCCCCGCAGACAGCGCCCCUCGGGUCCUGCGGCAGACAGAGCGCACCCCGCGAGAUCGUCCAUGGCCCAGCUUUGUUCGGCGAAUUGCCUUGGAUGUCGAUGGUGCUCAACAGGAGAGGUACAUACGUGGCAGGCGGCGCCCUCAUCUCCAGCGAGUGGGUCCUGACAGCGGCUCACCGUAUCCGGAAUCAAGGGAACCUCAUCGUGCGUCUGGGCGAGCUGGACUUCUCCAAGCCCCAGGACUCGCUUCAGGGCUCCCACCAAGACGUGCCCAUCGAUAACAUCAUCGUGCACCCGCAGUUCAACUCCCAGACCCUCGCCAACGACGUCGCUCUCUUGCACCUCUCCCGACCUGUCCGCGCUGGGACUGUUCCGCAUAUCGGCACCGUCUGCUUGCCUUCUCAGGGCCAGAUCUUCCAGGGGCGGAAAUGCGCCGUGUCGGGCUGGGGCGGCGACCCGACCAUCCCCGGCAACACCUUCCAGAAUGUUCUCCGCGUGGUCGAGGUCCCGAUGGUCGACCCCUUCGCCUGCCAGCAACGCCUCGGAGCCGCCCGCCUCGGAGCCAACUUCACCCUCGACCAAACGUCCUUCGUCUGCGCUGGGGGAGUUGAAGGGAACGACGCAUGCACCGGCGAUGGCGGGUCUCCUCUUGUGUGUCAGAACGAAGACAGGAGCUGGACACUGGUUGGCUUGGUUGCCUGGGGUCUUGGCUGCGCUCAGAGGGAAGUUCCAGGUGUCUAUGUCAACGUUGCCUCUUAUGCCAACUUCAUCCGGCAGUUUGUAAGGUUCUGAUACACCGACGACUAAACGAAGACACUUGAUGGAUGUUACAAAGAAAUUUAAGCCGAGAACUUUUCGUACGAAGAGAGAACAUCCAUUUUUAUGAUCCCUGUGAUAUUACCUCACUUCAUACAAAUAUGAAUUAUUAUUAUUAUUACUAUUAUUAUUUUGUAUUGCGGUGAAGUAAACUAGAAACAUUGA